AUGGAGUCUCAGGAAUUUAGUUCUCUCACAAUACCAAGGCUCAUGAAAGAGCUGAAGGCUGCCAGGAAGGAAGGGGAAAAUGAAACAUCACUGUACCUAAGACCCAUCGAUCAUGACGACCUACUACACUGGGAAGCUGUAUUAAAGGGCCCAGAAGGAUCGCUGUACGAGGGUGGACGUUGGCACCUUAAUAUUGAAGUCCCCCCAAACUACCCUCUUGCGCCACCGAUCAUCCACUUCACAACUAAGAUUGUGCACCCGAAUAUCGACUUUGAGACGGGCAAUGUCUGUUUGUCGCUCUUGAAAGAAGAAUGGUCGCCGGCUGGGGCUGGUGGUCUCGCAGGCACACUCAAGGCUCUUCAGUGGCUGUUGAGCUAUCCGAAUCCGGAUUCCCCGCUGAAUGUUGACAUCGCGGUUCUACUACGCAACGAGGAUAUUGCUGGUUGGGAGAGCGUUAUCCGGUACUGGAUGGAGGAGGAGCAGUGGGAGGAAGGUCAGAAUCCCGAACGAUAA